AUGGUGGUGUCAAGUCCCUGGUGUCCACCACAAAGGGUCGAUCUCCAGCCUCCAGACCUCAGCUGUCACCUUCUGACUGCGGACUUGGAGCUGCAUAUUUCCCGAGAUGAGGCCCAGGAGCCCCGAGCUCCAGCUGCUGCAGACUGCUCCGCACUCGGCUUUCCAUUCCUGGACUCCAUGGCCCAGGUUGCAGUUGGAUCAGAAAAGCCAACAACACUCGCAGGCCUGACCCAGCUGCUCUCUGUAAAUCACACUUCGAUGCAGCAUGGUCACAUGCUCUUGUCUGGCUGUCGUCAUGCAGAGGCAGCACAAAUGAGUACUGACAUGGGGCCCACAGCAGAAGCCGUCUGGCUGUGUUUCCUGGGAUGCAUCAUCCACAUGGCCGCAGGAGCUGAGAUUCCUCCCAGAGAAAAGGGUCGUCUCUUCCUAGAUGCGCUCCUCCCGGUCAGCAAACGCAUCUCUGCUGGCUUUGGUUGCAUUCCACACUCACAGCCCUGGCAGGCUGCACUGUUCUUCAACAAUGAUGGGUACUGCUCAGGAGCUCUGGUGCAUCCACAGUGGGUGCUGUCAGCUGCGCACUGCUGGAGGAGGUCCUACACCAUUGGGCUGGGACUGCACAGACUUAAUCAAACGAAUGAACCAGGCAGCCAGAUGAUUGAGGCCAAUUUCUCCGUGCAGCACCCAAAAUACGACACACCUUGGAAAGCCAAUGACCUCAUGCUCAUUAAGCUGAGCAAACCAGUUGUGGAGUCAAACACCAUUCGAACCAUCAGCAUUGCCUCCAAGUGUCCGAAAACUGGAACCAGGUGCUGGAUAUCUGGCUGGGGUCAGCUACUGAAUGGCCAGUACCCUGACAUUCUGCACUGUGCACUUAUUCCAGUGGUAUCGGAGCAGUCCUGCAAAGCAGCAUAUCAGAACUUAUAUCACUCCACUAUGUUCUGUGCUGGUGGUGAGGGCCACAAGGACUCUUGCCGUGUAAGAAACUGGGAGAGGGAUGCAGUAAUUUAG